CUAUUUUUUAAUUAACCCCUAGCUGAACAAAGUGUCUAUAAAAGUUGUCCUUUUUCCUCUUCUCAUUUCAUAUUCAUAUAUUAGUUCCAAAACCUUUUGGUCUUAUUUGGUAAAACAUAUACACAUGCAAUAUACUUUGAAUUUUUUUAAAAAAAAUAUGGAGCAAGAAAGAAAUUCAAAGUUUAAUAGAAUUUGUGUGUUUUGUGGAAGCAGUUCUGGGAAAAAGCCUAGCUAUCAAGAAGCUGCUAUUGAUUUAGGCAAAGAACUGGUGGAGAGAAGGAUUGAUUUAGUGUAUGGUGGUGGAAGUAUUGGCUUGAUGGGACUUGUUUCUCAGGCUGUUCAUGAUGGUGGGCGCCAUGUUCUAGGAGUGAUUCCGAAGACUCUCAUGCCAAGAGAGUUAACUGGCCAAACCGUUGGCGAAGUCAGAGCAGUGUCCGGUAUGCACCAAAGAAAGGCUGAAAUGGCUCGACAAGCUGAUGCUUUCAUUGCCCUCCCUGGUGGCUAUGGUACACUUGAAGAACUUCUUGAAGUCAUUACAUGGGCUCAACUUGGAAUCCAUCAGAAACCAGUGGGUCUGUUGAAUGUUGAAGGUUACUAUAAUUCGUUGUUGUCUUUCAUCGAUAAGGCCGUUGAUGAAGGCUUUAUCUCUCCAACUGCGCGUCGCAUAAUCGUGUCUGCUCCAACAGCCGAAGAGUUGAUCAGAGAACUUGAGGAACAUGUACCUGAGAAGGAUGAAAUAAUAUCAAAAUUGAUAUGGGAGGAUGAAAUUCAAAGAUAUAAUUAUACGCCUGAAUCCAGUGUUCCUACUUAAAAUGUAGUUGCUUUUUUCGUUACAUACUGUUAUUUUUGCGUAUCGAGUAUUUUAGAAAUUUCAGUAUACGUAGUAUUAUACAGAUUUGGAAGGGAAAAAAAAGAAAAAAAAAUAUAUUAUCAGUUUUUGUGGAUCUUUGGAGGUCCAUUUUGCUCAAGGCAUAUGCUUCGAAUA